UUUCUUCUUGGCUGUAGUUGUGGCAGCUGUCAUGAAGUCGCUGCUGGUGGUCGUCCUGACGGCCAGCUGUGCGUGGGGAGCGGCUUCGCGCUCCCUCCUCCCAGGCAACACGAAGGCUGCGGCAGUGGCGGCGUCUGCGUCAAUCCUGAGGACACACUCCCCGUGCAGCCACGCCACGCUGCUGCUCACUGACGGAGACAAGAAAGUGGACGCGGUGCAGGCGCCGCGAGGAGUUACCGUCUUCCAGGCGGCGGCUGGUGGCCUGAACGACAACAACACCCGCACUCACCUGAAGGAAACAGUCGACGAUAUUCGGCAGAUCGAAGGAGCGUGGCAGUGCCUGGUGGUGGUGGUGGUGAGUGAUGACCCAGCCUUCCUCGCCGCCUUCGCUCACCUGUCACUCAGGCGUCACGCCCUCAGGUGGUCCACGAGGAUCCUUGUCCUCACUCGCCUCCCUCUCAGCCACCUUGGCGGCCUGCAUGGCCUUCUCUCCAACAGGAACGCCAUGCUGCUCCGAAUCCAAGAUCAUAAAACUUCCAGAUCUGUCAGGCGGGUGGGCGUGUUCGUGUGGCAGCCGUACAGCGCCCCCGGCAGCACGCCCCUGAGGGUGGCCACCUGGACGCCGCACGGGAGGCUGACUCUCGCCUCCCACAUGUCGCUCUUCCCCGAUAAGUUCUCAGUGUUCAGCUCCGCGCCGCGCCUGAAGGUGGUGGUGGAGGUGCUUCCUGCCCACAGCUUGUCCUGGGUCGACGACGCGGGCGUGCCCGACGGUCGUCGCCUGGAAUACAAGGGGCAGAUGAGUGACGUUGUGAAGUACUUUGCUGCAAGAAUGAACUUCACAACUACGUAUGUGUUGUCCCCCGAGAGAACCUUCGGCAGCAGAAUGGCGGACGGCUCCUGGACCGGCAUGAUCGGCAUGGUGGUGCGAGAGGAAGCGGAUUUUUCACCGGGGCCUUUCGCAUUCAGUCACGUUCGAUACGAAGCUGUCGAUUACACAUAUGCGCUCUUCCAUGCAAGCGUAAAAAUACUUAGCGGUCUAACUGGACUAGAGACAGACCCGUGGGGCUUCCUGCUGCCCCUCACGCCCCUGGUGUGGGCAGUCACCCUGGCGGCGCUGCUGGGGGUGCUACUCAUCCUGAAGCUGUUCCCAUCCUGCCUGCCCGGAAGGUCGCUCCUUCGCGGCGGCUGGACCGCCAACACCUACAACCCUGUCCGCGUCCUCCUGCAGCAAGGUGAGGCCUCGGGGACCGCGCUGGACCCUUCCUGCCGGAUGCUGCCUCGCGUCUUGAAGGUUUCCAUGUUCUCAGAGAGCAGCAGUCGUGCCCUAAUGAAGACUAACUCUGCCUCACUCACUCCCAACGCAGACGUGGUGUGGCCCGCGGAGUGGUGGUGGUGGGAGCGUCUGGUGCUGGAGCUGUGGAUGCUGACAUCGCUGGUGCUGACUAAGAGCUACGCCGGCAACCUCAUGUCCCUGCUGGCCGUGAGAUACGUGCCGCAGCCCUUCCAGACUCUGAGGGACGUCCUGGACCACCCAAGCGUGGUCAUGAUCUGGCAGAAGUAUUCCAGUUACGAACAGCUUGUCAGGGACGCCACAUUCGGGGAGAUGCGAGAGGUGGCCGGGCUGGAGAAGGAGGGUCGCCUGGAGUUCCACACACAGGCGCGCUAUAAGGAGAGUCUCGACACCCUGGUGAGGGCGGGCGGCCACGUGCUUCUCGAUGCUGAGAGCUCUCUGAAGACACUCGUUACUUCAGACUUCACAGAAAAAGGUAUGCGUGGAAAUAUAAGGUUCCUUUGGAAUCCUCUGAUAAUGAUGAUGUCAGUGGAGAAAUGGUAGGAUGGACUUUGCAAGAACUGUGGUGGUGGCGUGUGGUGAUAGGUUAAGUAAAGAAGUCUCCUGGCCAGUGUCUGAGGUUAGGAAGGGCAUCCACUCGCGGUAAUAGUUCCCAGACGACAAAACCAAAUUCCUUCGUUCUUCGUGCUCG